AUAGGCCGGGGCAGCAGCGGGGAGGGCGUGGCGGACAGACCCGGGCAGGGCCGGGAAUUAACUCGGGGGUGGUCUGACUCGAAGCUCAGCUCCUUCGCAGGGCGGGCUGCUAGCGCGGGCCUGGCUGAACACAGCGGCGCGCCGAGACCACGAGGCAACCAGGAGCGGCAGGGCCGCCGGCGGCGCGCUCCUCCGGCCUCCCGGGAGCCGCGCCGGUCGGAGUCCUCGGUCACCCGCGGCCCUCCUCCCUCUCAGCGUCCAUCUGUCCGGAGGGCAGCCGGUGGACAUGACCGAUCCACCAGGAGCGCCGCCGCCGGCGCUCGCAGGCCGCGGGUGAAGAAGAAAGCACGUCCCCACUCGACCUGGAGCGAGAGGGUGACCCAGGCCGAGGAGGUGACCAGAGGCGAGGAAGUGAGUCGGGCGGAGGAGGUGGCCCCGACCCAGGAAAUGGCGGCCGCCGGUCUUAGCGUGACCGUCACCCAUGGCAAUGAAAAGCACGACCUUCAUGUUACCGCUCAGCAGGGCAGAACUGAACCAAUUGUCCAAGACCUGGCCCAGGCUGUUGAAGAGGCCACAGGGGUUCCAUUGCCUUUUCAAAAGCUCAUAUUUAAGGGAAAAUCUCUGAAGGAAAUGGAGAUGCCAUUGUCAGCACUUGGAAUACAAAAUGGUUGCCGAGUCAUGUUAAUUGGGGAAAAGAGCAAUCCAGAGGAAGAGGUUGAAUUAAAGAAGUUGAAAAAUUUGGAGAAGUCUGUGGAGAAGAUAGCUGACCACUUGGAAGAGUUGAAUAAAGAGCUUACUGGAAUCCAGCAAGGUUUUCUGGCCAAGGAUUUGCAAGCUGAAGCUCUCUGCAAACUUGAUAGGAGAGUAAAAGCCAUGAUUGAGCAGUUUAUGAAGAUCUUAGAGGAGAUUGACACCAUGAUCCUACCAGAAAAUUUCAAAGACAGUAGGCUAAAAAGGAAGGGCUUGGUGAAAAAAGUUCAGGCAUUCUUAGCUGAGUGUGAUACAGUGGAGGAGAACAUCUGCCAAGAGACCGAGCGGCUGCAGUCUACAAACUUGGCCCUUGCUGAGUGAGGUGCAGAGGAGAGAGGCUCUGCUGCCCUGAAGAGCAGCACCACCUCUCUCCCUUCUCUGGAAUAGAAGCUCUCUGUGACUCCAGAGCUGCCAGAGGCAACCAGCCAAAUGUCAAUUUUCCUAUUCCUAUACUGGUUCUCAAUGAAAAAGUACUGUCUCUGCAACCUUAAGUAGAACUGCUCUCUGAUUUCUUGUUCUGCCUUUGUGUAGCUGUGCUAUCCAGCACCAUUUUUUUCUGGACAGGGCCUCCCUGCGCAUGUUUUACCAGCUCUUUUGACCUUCAGGUGCUUUCUGUGGGCUGGUUAGCACUAGUGUUCAGUUUAUAGGGGAUCCUGGUCUUUAGAUGCAUAAAAGCUUUCUUUUUUUUUUUUUCUUCCUGGUACCAGGGAUUGAACUCAGGACCUUGCACUUGCACAGCAGGUGCAGUGUCACCGAGCUAAAUCUCUGACCCCCAUAAAGACUAACCUUGCAAUCUCAGAGUCCUCAUAGUUAUAAAACCAGAGUCAUCAGGAAGUUGCAUCUAGUCGGGUGUUUCGCACACAGGUAAUUCACAGUGUCUCUCUUGACCUAAUUCUUUCUGUUCUGUGGAUUUCUACCCACUACCAUUGCUAUUAAAAACCAGUUUGUGUGCUUGUCAUCAA